AAAACAAAAGGUACUCAAACCCUAAGGACACAAAACUAAUAGCCAUUGUUGCAUGCAAAACAUGAAUCUCAUGUUCAGUCAACUGUGGUCUGCGCAAAGUCCAACGGAAUCCAGAUCCGUAUCCGAAGCGGUGGUCACGACUACGAGGGACUUUCUUACAUCUCCUCUGUGCCGUUUGUUAUUCUGGACAUGCACUGAUAUCCGGUCUAUCACCAUUGACGUGUCCAGAAAGCAAGCUUGGGUUGAUGCUGGUGCGACCUUGGGGGAGCUCUACACCAAAAUCUCAAAAGCUAGCAAAACGCUAGCGUUUGUGGGUGGCGUUUGCCCUACGUUAGGAGUGGGAGGACAUAUCAGUGGCGGAGGAUACGGAAAUCUGAUUAGAAAGUACGGUAUCUCCGUCGAUCAUGUUGUUGAUGCUCGAAUAGUUGAUGUCAACGGCAAUAUCUUGACCGGAGCUACCUUGGGAGAUGAUCUAUUGUGGGCGAUUCGAGGCGGUGGCGGUGCGAGCUUUGGAGUUAUCCUCUCAUGGAAAGUCAACCUCGUCGAUGUUCCAAAGACCGUGACAGUUUUCAAGGUUAAUAAAACAUUGGAGCAAGGAGUCACUGAUGUUCUUUACAAAUGGCAGCUUGUCUCUAGCAAAGUGCCUCAGGAGCUUUUCUUGAGAGCAAUGCCUAAAGUCGCAAAUGCCACAAAAUCCGGCAAGAAAACCAUCGCGGUUUUCUUCUACGCUCAAUGUUACGAAAUGAGCUGGAUUAAUACGACGAUGUUUUGGAUGGAUUAUCCUGUGGGAACAUCGACAAGCCAUCUUUUGGAUAGACCAUCGGAUCCUCCAAGAGCAUUCUUCAAGAGUAAAUCGGAUUAUGUCAAGAAGCCAAUCCCAAAAGAAGGAAUGGAGAAGAUCUGGAAAACAAUGUUGAAAUUCAACAAAAUGUACAUUGAAUGGAACGCUUACGGUGGAGUGAUGGACAAGAUUCCUGCGAAUGCCACCGCGUUUCCUCACCGAAAAGGAAACUUGUUCAAGAUUCAGUAUUAUGCAUUAUGGACCGACGCAAACGCCACAGACGCUAAUCUCGGUCUAAUGAGAGAGAUAUACCAUGAGAUGGAGCCGUACGUGUCAAGUAACCCGAGAGAGGCGUUCUUGAAUUACAGAGAUAUCGAUGUCGGAAGCAAUCCGAGUGGUAAGACCAAUCUUGAAGAAGCUAAGAUCUAUGGAUCAAAGUAUUUCUUGGGGAACUUUAAGAGAUUGAUGGAAGUUAAAGCUAAGUAUGAUCCUGAAAAUUUCUUUAGAUUCGAACAGAGUAUUCCUCCUGUUCGUGCAAUUCCGAAGAAUUCGAUCACUGAAGCCCUCUGUACUCAUGAGAACUUCACCUUCGUGUCAUCUUACGUGUCCUACACGAAAAACAAACGGUACUCAAACCCUAACGACACAAAACUAAUCGCCAUUGUUGCUGCAAAACAUGAGUCUCAUGUUCAGGCAACCGUGGUCUGCGCAAAGGUCAAUGGAGUCCAGAUCCGUAUCCGAAGCGGCGGUCACGACUACGAGGGACUUUCGUAUAUCUCGUCUGUGCCGUUUAUCAUUCUCGACAUGAACAAUCUCCGGUCUAUAACCAUUGACGUGUUCAGAAAGCAAGCUUGGGUUGAUGCUGGUGCGACCAUGGGAGAGCUCUACACCAAAAUCGCAGAGGCUAGCAAAACGUUAGCGUUUGCGGGUGGCUUGAUGUCAACGGCAAUAUUUUGUACUGGAGCUACCUUGGGACGUGAUCUAUUGUGGGCUAUUCGAGGCGGUGGGGGCGCAAGCUUCGGAGUUAUCCUUUCCUGGAAAAUCAACCUCGUCGAUGUUCCAAAGACCGUGACAGUUUUUAAGGUUAAUAAAACAUUGGAGCAAGGAGUUACUGAUGUUCUCUACAAAUGGCAGCUUGUCUCUAGCAAAUUGCCUCGAGACCUUUUCUUGAGAGCAAUGCCUCAAGUCAUAAAUGGUGCGGUACCUAGCGAGAAAACCAUCGCGGCUGUGUUCUACGCUCAGUUUUUAGGCUCAGCAAGGAGGCUCAUGGCGAUUAUGAACAAGAAUUUGCCUGAAUUAGGGCUAAAACGUGAAGAUUGCUACGAAAUGAGCUGGAUUAAUACGACAAUGUUUUGGCAGAACUAUCCUGUGGGAACAUCGACAAGCCUGCUAUUGGCUAGACCAUCGGAUCCGCCAGGAGCAUUCUUCAAGAGUAAAUCGGAUUACGUCAAGAAACCAAUCCCAAAAGAAGGAAUGGAGAAGAUCUGGAAAACAAUGUUGAAGUUCAACAAUAUGUGGAUGCAAUGGAACCCUUACGGUGGAGUAAUGGACAAGAUUCCUGCUGAUGCCACCGCGUUUCCUCAUCGAAAAGGAAACUUGUUUAAGAUUCAGUACUUUGCGUUAUGGAGCGACGCAAAUGCCACAGACGCUAAUCUCGGUCUAAUGAGAGAGAUAUACCAUGAGAUGGAGCCGUACGUGUCAAGCAACCCGAGAGAGGCGUUCUUGAAUUACAGAGAUAUCGAUGUCGGAAGCAAUAGUAGUGGUAAAACCAAUGUUGAAGAAGCUGCAGAGAUCUAUGGAUCAAAGUAUUUCUUGGGGAACUUUAAGAGAUUGAUGGAAGUUAAAGCUAAGUAUGAUCCUCAGAAUUUCUUUAGAUUCGAACAGAGUAUUCCUCCUGUUCGUGCAAUGUAACUCUUUUAAGCCAUGUGGCAUUUAACCAAAAAAACGAAAUUAAUAUAAAAAGUAAUCAGCAUGCAUUAUAGCUCAUGUAAGGAUUGUCUGUUUUGUGAUAUUUGUUAUUCAAUGAUCAAUCAAUUUGGGACUAUCUGUGUUGGAUUUGUGAAAGAAUCGCAUAAGAAAAAUGACUAUAAAAA